AUGGCAGCAUUCAACCUCACCCCCUUUGACCCUUCAACGUUCAUCCUAACAGGCAUCCCUGGCCUGGAAGCUGCUCAUGUCUGGAUUUCCAUCCCUUUCUCUACGUUCUACAUUAUCAGUCUGUUGGGAAAUUUCACGGUUCUGUUUGUUGUAGGGAAAGAGCAGACCCUGCACAAGCCGAUGUACCUGCUGCUCUGCAUGCUGGCACUCACAGACAUCAGCACAUCUACCUCCGUCGUGCCAAAGGCACUGUGUAUAUUUUGGUUCAAUUUGAGGGGCAUUAUUGUGGGUGGCUGCUUCACCCAGAUGUUCUUCCUUCACACGUUUUCUGCUAUGCAUUCAGCCGUGCUCGUGACAAUGGCCUUUGAUCGCUACAUUGCCAUAUGUAGCCCUCUGAGAUAUGCCACCAUCCUCACCAAUUCACGAAUAGCUAAGCUAGGGCUCGUGGGUUUGAUGAGAGCAGUUCUCUGCACUCUGCCUCUGCCCCUGCUCCUGAGCAGGCUACCAUUCUGUUCCAACCACAUUAUCCCCCACACAUACUGCGACCACAUGGCUGUGGCAAAGGUAUCAUGUGGGGACAUCACAGACAACAGGAUGUAUGGCUUGGUAAUAGCACUUGUAGUCAUCGGGUCAGACCUGACGCUCAUUGCCCUGUCAUAUACUCUGAUCAUCAGGGCUGUCCUCAGAAUCUCCUCUAAGAAAGCCCAUCAGAAAGCCCUCAACACCUGCACAGCCCACAUCUGUGUGAUGCUGACGUCUUACACUCCUUUCGUCUUCUCCAGCCUGACACACCGGUUUGGUCAGGGCAUUGCUCCCCAUGUUCAGAUCAUCAUGGCCAACCUCUAUUUCCUCAUCCCCCCCAUGCUCAACCCUAUCAUUUACGGCGUCAAAACCAAAGAGCUUCGUGACAAAGUGGGCAAAUACACCUGCAGAAUGUGA